GUAAAUUUCCAGGCAGGAAGGGAAGGCUCAGCGCAAGUUGAAUACGGGAAAGAAGCUACAGCCCAUCAUCGUAUGACGUCGGGAAUUAUCUUGAAAAAGUAAGUUCACUCUUAAAAAAGUGAACACGUUUACACAUUUCACACUUUUGAUUUAUUACGACGCGCCGUCUUUUCAUUCAACUACUCAUUCCAUAGUUUGGAUUAUUUACUUGUCACUUGGAAAUGGAAACCAAGGGAUGGAUGUGUUUGUACACCCAGUAGCGCAUACACUUAUAAUAUGUACAUAAACCCAUUUCGACACCAUUGGAAUUUAACCGUGUAGCACCCGCUUGGUUCCUAGGACUCCCAAGACUCGACUCCCUUACUACCUACCUCCCACACUACAUCAUACGUAUCCUCCUACCAAAUACCGAAGGAGAGGAAAGGUCUAGCCUUGUCUUGCCUUUUCUCCUCCCAAUCUAAUAAUUAUUAGGUGUCCAUACCUCCACCUAUAUACCCGGCACGCGCCCCCGAGUCCGUCAUGAAGUCCGCGAAACUCUUUUACCUGUCACUCUUUACGCUUUGGGGGACACCUGGGCAGUGUAAGAGCAAAGAAGCUCAAAAUGAUUCAUGCGCAAUCUCCCCCCGAGCCAUCGUAUCCGACGCCUGUGCUUCCUACUCUACUCUCGAGAAACUAAACCGCAGAGUCAAGCCUGACCUAGACGAACUGACCAGAGAAACCGACUUCUUCUCCUAUUACCGCCUGAACUUAUUUAAUAAAAAAUGUCCCUUCUGGAACGACGAGAAUGCCAUGUGUGGCAACAUAGCUUGUGCUGUGAACACGAUAGACAACGAGGAAGACAUACCUAAAAUAUGGAGGGCGAGUGAAUUGAGUAAGCUAGAGGGUCCAUCGGCGAAACACCCUGGGAAGAAAGUCCAGAAAGAACGACCACAAAGGCCACUACAAGGUUUAUUAGGAGAAAACGUUGGCGAGAGUUGCGUGGUGGAAUACGACGACGAAUGCGAUGAGCGAGAUUACUGUGUGCCAGAGGACGAGAGCGUCAGCGCCAAGGGUGACUAUGUCAGUUUGGUUCACAAUCCGGAACGUUUCACGGGAUAUGCUGGCGAUGGUGCUAAGAUGGUAUGGGAUGCCAUCUACAGGGAGAACUGCUUCCAAAAGUCAUCAUUCCCACAUUCUGCCUCCCUUGGAGUCAGCCCUCUGGCUAAGGGACCCGCGGCACAGGAUUUCCGCAAUGUGCUCCAAGAUGCAGAGCGACAACAGAUAUUACAACAACACCAGCAAAACCCAAGCACCACCUUCACCCAAACCGGGCUGGAAAACGAGGGCGAGUGUCUGGAGAAACGUGUCUUCUACCGUGUGAUGUCCGGCAUGCACGCGAGCAUCAGCACUCACCUCUGCUGGGACUUCUUGAACCAGACUACCGGCCAAUGGCAGCCCAAUGUGGGUUGUUAUAAGAGCCGCUUACACACCCAUCCCGAACGCAUUUCAAACUUGUAUUUCAACUACGCGCUCAUUACCCGUGCGGUUGCCAAGAUCGGCCCACACUUACAGGACUAUACGUUCUGUACAGGCGAGCCGGGCCAGGACGCUGCUACGAAGGCAAAGGUUCUUGCCGUAACACAAGGAGCAGCCUCGGUGCCUCAAAUAUUCGACGAGAGUCUCAUGUUUAAGAAUGGUGAGGGCCCGUCACUGAAGGAGGACUUCAAGAAUCGAUUCCGAAAUGUCAGCCGCAUUAUGGACUGCGUAGGUUGCGACAAGUGUAGGCUAUGGGGCAAGCUGCAGACCGCUGGAUACGGAGCAGCGCUGAAGGUACUCUUCGAGUUCGACAAUGACAGCGAAGACAUCCCAGUGUUGAAGCGAACAGAACUUGUGGCUCUUUUCAACACUUAUGCCAGACUUAGCAGCUCUAUGAAAGCUAUUGUUGGGUUCAGGGGCAUGGUGGAAGCAGAAGAAAAAUCUAACAAGAACAUUAUCCCUGAUCGAGCCAAGAAGCCACAUGCAGUCGGUAUCUCGACAACAAAUGCAGCGAAAACAGCCGAAGCCGAAGCUGAGUCGGAAGAAGAUGACGAGUGGGAUGAGGAAGAAGAUGAUUUGCCACCCAAGAGGGAGCGCAAGAAGCCCGAAACAUUCGGCGAAGUUUUCGAUCAGGAAUUUGGUAGAAUAAUGAAGGUAUUCAAGAUUGUCUUAAAAUCAUGGAUCUCCUUCCCAAAGACCUUUUACUAUAUCCUCCUCUCAGAACUUAACCGCCUCUGGCAAUAUUAUAUUGGGCUGCCGGUUACGCCACGUACCUGGACAUUCCAAAGGCCGAGCCUGGACGAGCUGUAAAAUCGUAAAUGCAUAUUCGGGCUGUACAGGAUUAGUGAUCUACUAGGCGUUUAUAUCUGCAUACCCUAAUUACUGGCGAAAAUGUCAAAACUAGCAUUCGUGGGUGGAGUUCAUGGCGUUUCAUUGAUGGAUGGAUAGUAUUCAACCUACCCAGGUACUUAACACAAGUUUGAGGCUGUCAUUGUGUAUAGCAAAUAAGCAGCGUUCACCCUACCACUACUAUUGUAGAGGGUAAAUUCGCAGAGUUACAUAUUGUUAUUGAGAAAAUAAGU